GAGAACGGAGCAGCUGCUUCCGGUCCCUUCUGCCAGCGCUUACUAGAGCUCAUCCAAAAACUGGGUGGCCCCGCGAAGCCCGGGCAGGCAGAUCAGAAAGGCAAGCCAACCAACGCCAAGGCUUCAAACGAAGCCCUGGCAUUGGCCAGCAAG